GCAGCCCUCCGCGACGGCGGCCAGAGCACGGUGUUCACAGACAAGUUCAGGUUUAUCCAGAGAACCAUGGCAGAAGGUGGAUUUGAUCCUUGUGAAUGCAUUUGCUCGCAUGAACAUGCAAUGAGAAGACUGAUUAAUCUGCUGAGACAAUCCCAGUCGUACUGCACAGACACAGAAUGCCUUCAGGAAUUGCCAGGACCAAAUUCUUCCAGCGACAAUGGCAUCAGCUUUGCCAUGAUAGUGAUGGCCUGGGUGGUGAUUGCACUUGUCUUGUUCUUACUGAGACCUAGUAAUCUGAGAGGAUCCAACACAGCCGGAAAGCCAACCAGCCCACAUAAUGGACAAGAACCACCAGCCCCACCAGUGGACUAGAGCGUUUUGGAGAAGAUCAGCAGCUAAAAUCUUGCACGACCAAAUGAACGAAGUGACCAGAUUAGUCCUAAACCCCAUUCAAUACUGUUUCUUUUCUCAUUUAUAUAGAGCAGAAUUAUCAUUCAGCGGUUAUCUUCACGAACUGCUUUUAGUGACUUCAAUUUUAAGUUAAUUUUUGCUUUGUAUGUUACCACAAUUUCUAGUAGGUUGUAAUUUGAAUAAUGAUAAGGCAUUGCGGGGUUUUUUUGGUUGUUACCGUUACUGUGGACAUUCCACUCAGUCUCUUUUUGUUACAACGAUCUUAAUUUCUUUGCAGUGAUUUCUGAUAUGCAUUGAAAGAAAAAGAAAAUCCCUGUGCAUCUAUAAUAAUGGAAGGUUACUGACCCUUCUUCAGAUUAAUCCAUAUUUUUCCUCCAGUAUGCUUUUGAGACUUAUAUAAUGGUUGCAACUAUUAGCUUAGUUAUGUGGUGAAAAAUUAAAAUUAUUUUAUAUUUGCCCUGGGUUCAGAGCAACUUUUAGUCUGGUCUUUGGACCACUAACAUAGUUUUCAGGGUCGUUAGCAAAAGCAUGGAUUGUCCACUAGAAUUAUACUAUGUGUGUGUGUGUGUGCGCGCAAAGAAGUGAAUGUGAUAAUUGCCACUGUCAAAGCUUUGCAAUAUAUAUAUUGGGAACUUUACACAAAAGAUUAUACUACCAAAAAAGACAUUAAUUUAAUCUUGUUCAUUAAUAAAUGAUAUGUCUUAUUCAAUAGGUCAUCAAAAAAAUGUAUUCCAAAAAUGGAUUUGUUUACUUAUAGACUUUAUGAAAAGAGAAAUUUAGUGAGAACUUGGUAGAAUUUUCUGUCUUUUAAUAAUCGGUAUCUUAAGAAGUUUUUAGCCACGAUUUAAUAUAUAUUGGACCGGAUGAAAUCAUACCAAGAGGUUACUGAGGUUAGCAACUUUCGGUAUACAACACAUACUGAAUAUUAAGGCUUUUUCACCUGUAUGUUAUCAGCAAUUCUUAACAUUUCAUCCUUAUCUACUGGUUGUAAUUGUAGAAUAACAAACUUGCAGGUGACUACAUAUGGCAUGUCUUUCCCCUCUAAUAUUUUUGUGUGUGUGUGGUGUGUUUAUGUGUGCGUAUGUGUGGCUGUGCACGUACUUGUGCACAUCUCCCAUUGUAGGAAAUGGGAAUGACUUUUUUAUGUACAUUAACUUAAGAACAUUUUAAAGAUGUACAGAAAAGCGACACUGUAUAUUUUUCUUGAUCAAUUUGAAAAAUUGAUGAGAAUAAUGUAAAGAACAUUUUUAUGUUACCAACAUGAAGCUUCUUUCCAUAAAGGUCGGUAGAACAGACAUCUGGGAAUUCAAAGCCUUACUCUACAAACCUUUAUUUCAUGAGAACUUUAGUUACAGAGCUGAAGGGACUAACUGUUAAGAUACAUAAAGGUUUGUAUUAACGGGCUGUAAUAAAAAAUCUCACAUCAGAUCCCAUGGUUGACAGACGCAGGGUUUUCCUCCUCAGGGUAAAUGGUGGGCCAGCUAAGCCUCCUUGUAAAGGUACAGUGCAGACCUGAAGAAAGGAUUCUGUAAUUUGGUGUAAUUGCCCUUUGAAUUUCUGUGGAGUAGUGUGCUCCCAAGCAUAGGAGCAUGUAUAAAAAAUAAAAAAUUUUUAAAAAAA